CAGGUAGAGUCAUGCUUGUUUCCAUUUAUUGGCGUGAUACCUGGUUCAGAGCACCAGCUGGAGAAUCAGACUGCCUGGUUUCCAAUCCCAGCCACUAGCCCGUGGGGUGACCUUGGGCAAGUCACUCCGCUAUGUCAAACCUCUCAGAGCCUCAGUUUCUCCAUCUUUAAAAUUGGAGCCUCAGUCUACCCACUUCAUAGGCUGUGGCAAGGAGUCAAUGCAAAGCUUUCAGCACAGUGCUGGGCACAUGGCAGGAUGGCAAUAAACCAGAGGGAGUGUUUUUGUCAGCAGCUCUGGCAGGGGAGUUCUGAGGGUCCUCAAGCGGAGAAGGAGGGGGCCAAAAGGCUGUUGGGGAACAUGUGCAAGAGGAAGAAUUAUGAAAGAGAGGGGUCACCGUCAGUGGCGUUCAAAGGCACUCAGGCGCUCCAGUCUCCCACCGCAGCGACACACAGACCUCGAGCUUUGUGGGGCAUGGCAGGAGAGCCGGGUGAGAGUGCACUAACCCGGAACCUGCUGUGCACUGAGGGUGUCCGGGGCGGGGAGGGGCGCGGCAGAGCCAAACCCGGUCUCCGCAGAUCCUCUCUUGUGACCCAUAAAGGAACACUUCUGAGUUACUAUCCUAAACUGAGCGCGGCGGGAAGCCUGGGCGCACGACGCUGGGCACAAACGGCCGGCAAUGACCACGCCUCUCAGUCCCUCCACCAGAGCCACUGUCCAGAGUCCUGGGUCGCGGGCCGGCGUUUCUUUGGUCCUCAGUUCCUUCUUAGACUUGCAGCUCUGGACCCACACAACCGUACACCGAAGAGCUUGCUGCGGCUGGAAGUGUAGACAGCGUCGGUCGUCGGGUCUGUGUUGACACCGCGCCAGGUUUGCAGGGAGGGAUCUUAGGUUUCCCUGGCGAGCGCGGGCUCUGGGGCUGGUCGGUUGCGAACGCGGGACAAGGGAACUGGGCGCAGGGACCCUGCUCUGGAGGCACCUUGGCUCCGCCCCGCCCCGCCUUCCCGCCACCUCAUUGGCAGCCGCCCGCGCGUCGGGGGUUGCCAGGGCGACGGGUCUCCAAGCUGCGAGUCAGCGCUAACCCAAGCCAGUCGGCCUCCGGCGGAGGGAGAGGGGGAAGCUCGAGGGCGGGCGGCCGGGAGCGGAGAGCGGCGGCGGCGGGGCCCCGGGCGGGCGCCUCCUCCCGGCCCGGAACGGCCCCCCUCCCGGCGCAGGGGCAGGCCGGGGCGGGGGGCCCCGGCGCCCGCGCGGCCUCGGUCCCGUCGAGGAGGCCGGGGAGCCGCCAGGGCGGGGCGAUGCCGGGCGGCGGCGGCGGCCCCAGCCGGGGCCCGUGACCAUGGGCAUUGCCGAGUCCACGCCGGACGAGCUGCCGUCGGACGCGGAGGAGCAGCUGCGCAACGGCGAGCAACAGUUGGAGCUGAGCGGGAGGCGGCUGAGGCGGCUGCCUAGUGCUGUGUGCGCUUUGAGCCGCCUGCAGAAACUGUACGUGAGCGGCACCGGGCUGCGCGAGCUGCCCGAGGAGAUCGAGGAGCUGCGCGAGCUGCGCAUCCUGGCGCUCGACUUCAACAAACUCGAGCGUCUGCCCGACGGCCUGUGUCGCCUGCCGCGCCUCACGCGCCUCUACCUGGGCGGCAACCGGCUGCUGGCGCUGCCCGCCGACUUCGCGCAGCUGCAAAGCCUGCGCUGCCUCUGGAUCGAGGGCAACUUCCUGAGGCGAUUCCCGCGGCCGCUGCUGCGCCUGGUGGCGCUGCAGUCGCUGCAAAUGGGCGACAACCGGUUGCGCGCGCUGCCCGCGGAGCUGCCGCGCAUGACUGGCUUGCGCGGCCUCUGGCUCUACGGUAACCGCUUCGAGGAGUUCCCGCCCGCCUUGCUACGCAUGGGCCGCCUGCACAUCCUCGACCUGGACCGUAACCGCCUGGGCGGCUUCCCGGACCUGCAUCCUCUGCGCGCCCUGCGCGUCUUCUCCUACGAUCACAACCCGGUCACUGGGCCCCCGCGCGUCGCCGACACCGUCUUCCUUGUGGGCGAGGGCGCUGUCGAGCGCAUGGCCGAGCGCGACGAGCCCACGCCCCGGCCGCCGCCACGGCGCCCCGUGCGGACCUUUGAGGAUGAGGAGGAAGAAGACCUGCUCAUAGGGGGCGGUGGCUCUCGGGCUCUGGGCCCCCCGGGCAGCCUCCACGCCCUGGAAGCAGCUCCAGGACUGGGCACCUGAGCCUGUGCUCCGGGGGUGAUGGGCUUUGGCCACUCUGGGAGGAGGGGCUCAGGGAAGGUUUGUGGGAACUCUGGGCCCCUACUAGGGCCAGAGGAGGGGUCACUUUGGUCGAGCUGCCGGGGCCAGGCAGCCCUGGGGGCCAUCUUCAGACAUUCCAGGGUAGCCAGAAGACUGCCUCCUGGCUGGUCUCUGGGUGGCCGGCGGGCCAAGAAGUCCCAGCCCCGUCCAGUUCCUGUGGCUGAGUCUGGUCCCUCAUGGGGUCACUCACUGCACAAUCAAGGUACCAGCUUCCUCCUGGGACCAGGGUCACCAGUGACCAUGGAAUCAUCACCCUGGCUGUCUGGAUGCCCAGGGCGCCCACCAACCUCCCUCCUUCUGGAGUUUGGAUCUUCGGGGUCCACCCUUUCCGGUGCUGGAGCCACUACCUCCGGGGUGGACCACAUGCCGGUGUGAGGCAGAACUGCCCCCAGAGGAAGGCCUGGCCCCGGGGCAGGGGCUUGGAGUUAGGGCUGCUGCGCAGGACAGACAGGUGUGCGGAACUGGGAUGGGGCCCCUAACACCGUAGCCGCCCUUGCCCUUCCACCGGGGCUCAUGGUACAUACCUCCCUCCCCAAGCCCCCUCAAUUUUGUGUGGGGAAGAGGAGACUCCGAAGGCAAGGUCUCUACCCCCGCCUUUUAUUCUCUUCUCCCAGCUUGUACCUGGAAUCUUGCUGGGAGCUCUCCCUCCCUUCCCCACAGCACGAACCUUCCAGCUGUCAAGUUUGAAAAGAAGCCACUGUGCCUCCAGGGCCUCCUGCACCGGAGAGAGAGGCUCUCUGCUCUGGGAGGCUGCUCCAGCGUCUCCCUCCCCGCCUGCAUUCUCCAUUCCCUUAAAUGGGCACCAUCAGGGUGGCUGGCACAGCAUGGGGCAUGGGACGAGCACUGUGUGUCUCCACUCCGUCACCAGGGACAGCCUUCCGGGGGUGAGGAGUGGGGGCCUCGCUCUGCAAUUCCCAGGGCCAGAUCUUUCCCAUCCAAGCAAUAAUGGAAGGAGGGCCCAGGGCCAGGGACACUCAGGGACACUGUCGGGGCAGGGGCCCCCACAUGGUAGUGUUUUCUUUAGGAAGAAGAAGAAGAAAAAAAAAAAAAAACUGGCUGUAAACAUAAAUUAUAUUUCUUGGAGAAAGAA